AUGGAAUCCAAUGGCGGGCUUGUGAGCCUGAAAGAGCUUCGUCGGCGGAAAGAAGAGGCCAAACGGCUAGCGGCUGGCGGGGUAAAUGUUCCAACCGAGGAAAUAAAACCUGCUGAAGAAGCUACAAACAGCCAGGACCGCUCGACAUCGAGUCCAGCUGCUAGUACUGACUCUGGUGAGAGGAAGCGAGAAUUAACAUCUGAUAAUAGUACUAUUACUACAACUAAAUCCAGAUUCAAGAAGAGGAAACAGGUAUUUUCCAAGUUAUCAUUUGCUAAUGACGAAGACGAAGAAGACGACAACGAGCGUGACAAUGGACCCUCGCGGCCUGUAUCCAAGCUGAAGCGUGACCCUACUAUAGACACAUCGAAUCUCAAAACAAAAAAACAGAUCCUGAAAGACCGUGAACUGCUGAACAAGGAAAAAAACUCUGAAGCUCAAAAACAUGCCAUUAUCAGAGAACAGGUAGUCAACUUCCCGUUUGUAUAUUAUGACGGCUCCGAAACAGCCAGCUUUGUCGAGAUCAAAAAAGGCGAUCCUGUAUGGAUGAUUCUCGAAAAGACCCGUAAAGGAUUCAAAAAGUUUCAUCGUGGCACUGUUGACGAUAUCAUGCUCGUCAAACACAACGUCAUCAUUCCACAUGUAAGUCCACCUCCUCUGCUCCUUCACCACACCUCAAUCUACUCACUUAACCUUUUUUACUAA